CUUGUUGAAACACCAAGGUGAAACUAUCCUUUUGUUUUUCAUCGGACAUAUUCAGCAUGAUAUCCAGAAGACAGAGCUGUCAGCACUGAGGUCUCUACAGUCUCAAAUCUUUACAGGAAGAAGAUGACCUUCAUCAUCCUGCUGCUCCUCUUCCUCACCCCCCGUGUCUCUGGAACAUUUGUAGUGAAUGUGACUCAGACUUCCUAUCAGGCAGAGGAGAACCAGAACAUCACCCUGGAGUGGACCUUCAGCACCAGAACAGACACUUCCCUACACUACCUUUUUAUCGUCUGUCAGCUGUUCACUUAUAAAAGGACCUACGUCCUCUUUCAUCUCCAUGGAGGUAUUGAAACCCCAGAUUCUCAGGAUCCAGAGUUUGCAGGACGAGUCCAGUGGAACAAAGACGUCCUCACAGAAGGACGCCUCACACUUCAUGUCUCCAGACUCAGGACCAGUGACUCUGGGUUUUAUCGGUGUGACAUACUCGUACAUGAUGGGAGUAACUCCAGCAGAUGCUGGCUCAACGUCACUGCUGCUAAAGACUUAAAACCUCAGAGAACAACAGAGAGUCCACAAAAAGAGUGUCGCAGAACACACGUUGGAGUACCAGCAGCUGUUCUGAUUCUCUUUGUCGUCAGCAUUGCCUACAUUGUUUUAAGAAGAUAUAAGAGAAGAAACAAUGAAGCUAUGCAGAUGGAGAGUUCAUCAGAGAAACAAACCAUCAAGACUAACAUGUCUCCGUCUGAAUCUGAGCAUAAAGUGAGAUUCUCCAACAGCAGGGAUACGGUCGAAUUGUCAGUUAAGCUUAGGAACCUUCCUAACGGAGUUAAAUGACCCGGAAUACUUACUGAUAUACACCUGAACAUCAG